CGGAAUCACUCCAAGUUUUUAACCAGUCACAGCCAUUCAUUCGCUGUAACUCGUCGCGCAAACUGACAGGUAUAGUCGUUAUCUCUCAGACAGUUGAAUUCCCCCCUCUUCCCCUCCCAGCAUGGCUGCAGACUCGAUGGAGAUUGACGACUCUCUUUACAGCCGCCAGCGAUAUGUGCUGGGAGACAGUGCUAUGCACCAGAUGGCCCAGUCAUCAGUCUUUCUCAGUGGAAUGGGAGGACUGGGAAUAGAGAUAGCAAAGAACAUUGUCCUGGCUGGUGUGAAGGCAGUCACCCUUCAUGACACAAAGCAAUGUGAGACCUGGGAUCUGGGCUCUAACUUCUUUAUCCGCAAGGAGGAUGUGUUGAACCAGAGACAGAGAGUGGAGGCGGUGUGCCCUCGGGUUGCAGAGUUGAACCCUUAUGUUCAUGUUGACCUGUCCUCCUCUGCUCUUGAUGAUGACACUGAUCUCAGUUUUCUCAGCAAGUAUCAGUGUGUGAUUCUGACUGAAGCCAGGCUGAGCCUACAGAAGAGAGUAAAUGAGUUCUGCCACUCACAACAACCCCCCAUCAGAUUCAUUGGCUGUGAUGCAUAUGGCAUCUGUGUACGGGUGUUUUGCGAUUUUGGAGAGGAGUUUGAGGUGUCCGAUCCCACAGGAGAGGAGCCCAAGGAGAUUUUCAUCCAAAGUAUCACUCAGGACAGUCCCGGGGUGGUAACCUGCAUGGACAACCAGCCCCAUGGCCUACAGACAGGCCAGAGUGUCGUCUUCCGAGAGGUCAAUGGCAUGGUGGAACUCAACGGCACUGCACGGCAGGUCUCAGUCCUUUCCCCUCACAGUUUUGCAAUAGGAGAUACAUCCCAAUUACUACCAUAUGUACAUGGAGGUUUCUUCGUCCUGGUGAAAACCCCUAAAACAUACAGAUUUGAAACAAUAGAGAGACAGUUGUGUGAUCCUCAGGUCAUGACCCCAGACUUCAGUAAACCAGAGGCUCCACUACAGAUUCAUGCAGCCAUGUUAGCGCUGGACACCUUCCAGGAGCAACACAGUAGACUUCCCAACACUGGGUGUUUACAGGAUGCUGAGGUUUUACUGAAACUGACUGAGGAAGUGAAUGCUACUCUUAAGAACAAAGCUCCCGUUAAUGCAGAGCUGGUGCGCUGCUUGUCAACGACGGCAAGGGGAACUCUUUCUCCGUUAGCAGCAGCUGUAGGAGGCCUAGCCAGCCAGGAAGCUCUUAAGGCCAUCACAGGGAAGUUUGCACCACUGCAGCAAUGGUUUUACCUUGAUGCCAUCGAAGUUGUCAAGCCCCUUCAGUCUCUCUCCCCAGAGGAGUUUUUCCCCAGGGGCGAUCGAUACGAUGGAUUACGAGCUUGCAUUGGUGAAUCAAUGUGUCUUGAACUGCACAAGCUCAGGGUCUUCAUGGUUGGCUGUGGUGCCAUAGGGUGUGAGAUGCUAAAAAACUUUGCUCUGCUUGGGGUUGGAUUGGCCAAGAGUUCAGGAGAGGUGAGCCCUUCUUCCUUCCUUGUUUUGCUGUCUUACUGCAUUUCUGACCCAGACCUUAUAGAAAAGUCCAACCUCAACAGGCAGUUUCUCUUCAGACCACAUCAUAUACAGAAACCGAAGAGUACCACAGCAGCAGAAGCCACUCACGACAUCAACCCAGACCUGCAUGUGGAUGCUCACCUCAACAAGGUGUGUCCGGCUACUGAGAACAUCUACAGUGAUUCCUUCUACUCCCGCCUGAACCUAGUGGUCACCGCGCUGGAUAACGUGGAGGCCCGGAGAUAUGUGGACAGUCGCUGUGUAUCCAAUCAGAGACCUCUCCUGGACUCUGGCACCAUGGGAACUAAAGGACACACAGAGAUCAUUGUGCCAAAUUUGACAGAGUCCUACAAUAGCCAUAGAGAUCCCCCAGAGGAGGAAAUCCCAUUUUGCACUCUCAAGUCUUUCCCUUCUGUCAUAGAGCACACCAUCCAGUGGGCCAGAGACAAGUUUGAGAAUGCAUUUGCCCACAAGCCCUCCAUGUACAACUCGUUCUGGCUGACCCACUCUUCGGCUGAAGUGGUGCUACAGAGGAUACAGGCAGGGGAAAGUCUGGAGGGGUCAUUUCAGGUCAUUAAGCUGCUAAGCAGACGGCCUAGCCAGUGGGAACAAUGCGUUGCUAUUGCUCGUCUGAAAUUUGAAAAGUAUUUCAAGAGAAAGGCCAUACAACUGUUGCAUUCUUUCCCCCUGGACACAAGGUUAAAAGAUGGAAGUUUGUUUUGGCAGUCUCCAAAAAGACCUCCAGCACCUAUUGAUUUUGACUUGAAAGACAAUUUGCACUUCACUUUCAUUGUCAGCACUGCCCGGCUUUUCGCAGGGAUUUAUAACAUCCCAUACUCAGAAAAGGAUCUCUCUGAAGAGACAGUGAGCAGGAUUCUCGCAGAUGUCAAGAUUCCCGAGUACAGACCCUCAGAGAAAUGUAUAGAGACUGAUGAAACAGUAAAGAAGCCUGAUCAGAUGAAGAUGCCUCAAAGCAGUGAAGAGGAGCGAGAGGCCAUCACACAGCUGGAGCAGGCCAUUGCUGCUAACAGCGUCACGCCAGAGAGCUUACAGAUGAGUCCACUGCAGUUCGAAAAGGACGAUGACAGCAACGGCCACAUGGACUUUGUCGCAUCAGCAUCUGCCCUCAGAGCGAGGAUGUACUCCAUCGAGCCAGCUGACAGACUCAAGACCAAACGCAUCGCCGGUAAAAUCAUCCCUGCUAUCGCCACGGCAACAGCUGCUGUGGCUGGACUGGUGGCCCUCGAGUUGAUCAAGGUGGUUGGAGGAUACGGGUUUGAAUCUUUCAAAAACUGCUUCUUUAACUUGGCCAUCCCUGUAGUGGUGCUCACUGAGCCUGCCCCAGUUAAACGGACACUCAUCAGGGACAACAUCUACUUCUCUAUCUGGGACUGUUGGACUAUUUUUGGCCAUGAGGACUUCACUCUCUCUGACUUGAUGAAUGCAGUGAGGGAAAAGUAUGGAAUUGAACCCACUAUGGUCGUCCAUGGGGUAAAGAUGCUCUAUGUGCCUGUGAUGCCAGGACACUCGAAGAGACUUAAAUUGACGAUGCAGAAGCUAAUCAAGCCAUCAGUGGACCGCCGCUACGUCGACCUCACUGUGUCAUUCGCUCCGGAGGCAGAUGGAGACGAGGACCUCCCCGGUCCACCUGUCAGGUACUACUUCACCCGCGAUGGAGAGACGCCCUGACACCUUUCUAAAUGUUGUCCUCAAACCUCUUGUGUCCUUACUUCUCUUUCAUGUAAAUUGUUGUACCCCAAUAACCUGGGCCAGGGCCAAGAGCUUUCCCUCUGGGAUGUUACCUGACAAGGGCAAAGCUCCUGGCCCCAGCAGAUCCCCCCUCCCCUGUACUUCAUGGAGCAAGAAAUAGCCAGUCCUGGUCCCAGUUUUUCUUGCCACAGAUCUAGCCAGUGGAACACGAGGCUGCUUGAGUAGCACUUAACUGUAUCUGUGUACAUAUAUUUUCUCUGUUCUGUUUUCUACUCUGGUGAAAUACACAGCUCCGCCUGUGUCGAUGCCUUAAUUGAUUAAUAACCUUUUUUUUGUUUGUGGCAGUGAGUCUGACUUAAAACUAUGUUUACACAAACCUGCGUACUCCCAGCAUACAGCCCCAUUAGUCUAAUGUCUGUAGGCGUCACAUCUUUUUCUUCCUCAGAGUCCUCUCAUUGGUUCUGAAAAUGUUGCCAACCACAGAAAUUUGCCAGUUGUUGGUCAUCUCCCCUUAUAGCAACAGGUCAAGCCAAUAUUUGUUGUAUAACUCAAAGGUGCAACAACGGCGAAACCACCAAAGAUACUGUUUAUCAUUGUGUCUGCGGAUGAUUGUUCUCUUUUUAUCAUCACUCUGACGACUGCCUCAUAAAAACACAUUUAUAUCAUGGGGUGUGGGUGUUACCCAAAUAUUUAAGGGCAAUGCACACAGCUGCGUCUUGAUGUGCUUCAUUACUGGGUUGAUGUCAGUUCUUUGGGAUAACUCACUGUCUUUUUGAUGAUCAAUGCUUAAGAAAAGCAGCAGUUUUAUCACAUUGCUCCCCAGUCAAAUGAUGUGUGUCAAAGGACAUAGCCGAUGUGUGGUGCACUUAAUAUGGGUAAAACCACCUAUUAGUUGUAGCUGCUGGUCUUACCUAUCGGGUUAAAUACCUAGGUAAUGACUGCUCUGACGUCAGUUAUCACAUUGAGUAAACAAUAUGUUCUUAAGUAAUGGCGUGAGCUCAACAGCUCUUUCACACAGACAUGAAACAUCUAGGAUCACACUCCUACUCUUUUAAAAACGCCUUUUAUUUAAAGAAAAAAAAAACGUUGCUGUUCAUGAUUUAUUUCUUGCAUUUGUUUAUUGAUGUGUGUCCAUGACGUGUAUUUAUUUACUUGUUACUCAUUUUUGUCACUUUUUUGUGUCAAACUGAGCCUGUGUUGAGCUCUGUUGAGUCAUGGUGCACUGGUUAAUUGUUAAUCAACACUGAACAAAAGUCAUCCCCAAAAGUGUUUAUCCAGGGGUGUAAAUGGCCCUCCUGUUUAGUUCCAGUUGAAGGUUGUGGAAAGGGUCUUUGAAAUGGUCUGCAUAUUGGCAAUAAUGUCAGUGUAGUUUUCAGUGGAAUCAUUUGAAAAUCCAGCUUUUUGUAUUGAGGUUAUUGAGAUCCGCCUGAGGACACAGGCCACUAACAGAUUAUCAUCUGCGUCUUCAAAACAAUUAAGACUGAAGUCACACAAACUUGAUUCCUCGACCACAUUUAUAUCUCCGCUCAUUUACCAGAGGUGGUGAAUUUCGCUUUGCACAGAAAACGUCUAUCAUACUGACAACACUUCUGUGCAGUGAAUGUCAUAAGUGUAAAACAAAACAGUGUUAAUGAGUGACAAUGAUGUAUGUUCUUGUGACCGACAACUCAACCAAUGGUCCAAUAAAAUGUGAGAUUUCAGGAUGUCCUCAUGACUAAAA